AGAUCGACUUAGACUUAUUUUAUGUAUAUGUAUAUAGGACCAAAUUAAAUGGUGAAUUGGCAGCGACAGUUUCCAUUCGACAAAUAUAUGAGAAGAAUUCAAGUUAAAAAUAAAAAAAAAAGGAGUAAAAAAAAUAACAACAAAUGGAAAAAUUUCACGUUUCUAUUAAAUUUUUUUAUUUAAAAAUUAAAUAUUUUUAAAAAAACAAAAUUAAAAGAAAAACAGUUAACACCCAAAAGAAAACAAGGAGGAAAAAACAAAAACCAAACGAAAAGGUGAUCGAAAGCAACAAAAAAAAAUCGAUUUAUCGAAAACGAUAAAAAAAAAACGGAAUAAUAAUCGAAUUAUUUCGCAGCAUUUAAAAAAAUAAAUUCGAUAUUAUAAAAAAAAACAACAGGAAAACAAAAAAAAAAUGACAGAUUGUAGUAGUAUACAAGGAUCAACGAGCUCAUCCAGUGAUGCAAUGUCAUCACGUGGUGGUAGCAAUAAUUCAGCAGCAAGUGGUGGUAGUGGUAAUUCAAGAAUUCGUAUAAUACGUAUGAUUCGACCAAAUUCUAGACGUAUAAUACUUGGACCGGAAAAUAAUAUUGGUUUUGGUUUUGCUGUACGUGGUGGUAAAGAAUUUAGUACAGGAUUUUUUAUAUCAAAAAUUGAUAAAGGUAGUGAAGCUGAUUUAAGAGGUCUAAGAGUUGGUGAUCAAAUAAUACGAGUUAAUGGUUAUCAUGUUGAUGAUGCUAUACAUAAAGAAUUAAUACAAUUCAUUUCGAAUCAAGAUCGUUUAACUUUAAAAGUUCGAGGUGUUGGAAUGCUUCCAAUAAAAGAGAAAACAUUAGAUCCAUUAACAUGGCAUAUUGUACCGCGUCAUGCAUUGGCAACAACCUUGAACGCAUUAGAUGAACAAAUGUCAUCAAUUGGUAAAGAUGUUCGUAUUGUAUUAAAAGUUGCACCAAAAACAAAAUUAGGUCUUGGUAUAUGUAAAGGACCAGAAUGGAAACCCGGUAUAUUUGUACAAUUUACAAAAGAUUUUAGCGUUGCACGUGAAUCUGGUUUAAGACCAGGCGAUCAAAUUUUAACAUGCAAUAGUAUUGAUUUUUCUGAUGUAUUAUUUAGUGAAGCUGUUGCUGUUAUGAAAAGUUCAAAUAUAUUAGAAAUGAUUGUUAGAACUGGUGCCGGUUUAGAUUUAUUUCCGGGUGAAUCAAGUGGUUACAAUAGUUCAGCAAGUAGUAUAACUGGUGAUCAAAGUCCAUGUUGGGCUGAUCAAUCAGCAAAACGUUUAAGUAUGGUACGUGAAGAACCAAUUUUAAGUCAAACAAAAAAUCAAUGGAUUAUGGAUGGAACAAUUAAUAAUAAAAGUAAUUUAGAUCGUCGAAAAACAGUAACUGGUAUACCAAAUUCAGCAUUAAAUCAAGCUAUGUUAAGUUCAAAUGGUAUGAGAUCACAAGAUAAUGAAUCAAAUAAAACAAUAAUACAAUUAUCUGAUAAUGGUACAUUAAUAAAUAAUACCAUCGUUAGUAAUGGAAAUAAUAUUGGUGCUAAUGAUCCAUUAAACGGAAAUAAUGUAAAUAAACAUGGAAUACAACAAAAAUUUAAUGAUAAGUUAAUUGUAAGACCAAAUAUAGGCCAUCUAUCAUCAUCUAUGUCAAAUUUUAUUGCACCUGAUUACAAGGCAGCUGCAGCAGCAGCAACUACGUCAUCAGCAACUACAAAUCAAAAGCAAAAUGCAGGUACAAAUCAACAACCAAAUGAAGCAAAUGGCAAUGCUGGUCUCGGAAAUAAAUCAAAUAAUAAUAAUAAAAUUGCUGAUAUUUGUUUUGUAUCACGUCAAAGUGAAACGAAAACUGUUAUUGUUGAAGUACAUCGAAGUGACAACGAUGAAAAUUUACAAUUAAGUACAACGAAUAGUUUUGUUAAUCAUCAACAAAAUCAAGGUCAACAGCAACAACAAAAUUUAAAUAAUUAUAGUGAUAUUUCAAAUAGUAAUAAUAAUUCUGGUCAUUCAAUUUAUGGUAAAAUACAAUCACAACAAUCACAACAACAAAAUAAUAAUAAUACUGUAUGCACAAGACCACAACCGCCAAUGAUGCCAUUAUCAUCCAUAUCAAAUGGAUUAAUAAAUUCAAAAACACAAUCUGCAAUUGGUGUAUCACCGACACCAUCAUUUUCAUCUUCAUCAUUAUCAUCAUCAAUAUCACCAGCACCAAAUUCACAAACAGCAGAUAUUAUGCAAAAUCCAGGUACACCAUCUUCAGGUGUAUCAAGUAUGACAAGUAAUGGCGGCGGUCAUGAAAGAUCUCCAUCAAUAUCAAGUAGUAUUAUAAGUUCAGGUGGUACAAGUCUUUCCAGUGCCAUCAGUGAAGAAUUGAGAAAAAGAAAGGAGCGUCUAAGUCAAAACCCAAACCAAAAAACUAACAUUGAUGAAUGUGUGGCGAAUUUGAAACAGCAACAACAGCAAUCUAAACGUAUUGGAAAUCCAUCACUUGGCGUUAAUGCAGCACGGCAUAAUGCUUUAAUGGAUGAAUUUAAAGCAGCACAUCGCCGUAUGUUCCGGAAUGGUUUUAAUGAAACGGAAAUGGAACGUCAAGAAGAAUUGAAAAAAACAACAAUAAUGCGUGAUGAAACUGAUCAUAGAUCACCGCCACCACCUCCACCACCAAAGAUUGUAGCAAAUCAUAAAAGUAAUUGUGCUAUGAUUAAUGGUAAUAUAAAUGGUCAACAAAAUGGUCAUCAUCAACAUCAACACUAUCAUCAUAAUGGUGGUAAUACAAUUGAAAAUGGUGGUGUUAAUGGUGGAAUAAAUAAUAAUAAUGGUAUAAAUGGUAGUGGUUCAAAGACUGAAUAUGGUAAUGGUAAUCAUAAUAUGUCAAAUGGAAUAAAUGGAGGACAAUUUCCAACACCGCCACCGCCACCACAAUUUGCUAAUAAACCACCAAUGGGUAAAAAAAUAUUUGCCAGUAUAAAUGCAUUUAAUGCUGCCAAUAAUCAUAAUCAAAAUGGUAAUCAAAAUGGUCACAAUGAAUUACAUCGAACAAUAUCACAAAAUUAUCAUACAAAUAAUAAUAAUACAGAAAUACCACCAAAUGUACCACCACCACCACCACCUCCACCAUUACCACAAUCACCAAUACCUGAUUAUGAUUCAAUAAUAUCAUCACCAUCUCAUACAUUAAAAAAGAAUCAACAUACAUAUAACAAACAUACAAAUGGUUGUAAUGGUAAUAUGAGUACACUGGGACGUGUUGCUGCAUCAGAAAUAGCAAAAGCAAAUGGUGAUAUGGCUGAAUUAGAAUCAAUUGAUUCAUAUCAAUUAUUAAAUCCAUCAUCACCAACACCAAAACCACCAUCAGCAUAUUUUGUACCACCAAAUUCCGGACCACCAACAAUGAAAAAAUCUAAUCGUCCGGUAUCCGUAACAAUUGGUGAAUAUGGUGCAUCAAAAUCUGGUGGUCGUAAAGAACCAAGUAAAUUUGAUUUUAUAUCAUCAAGAUCUGGUAGUAAUUCACCAAAUGAUUUAAGUAGUCCAAUGUCAUCAAUGUCACCAACAUCAUUUAAUGGGAAAGAUGAAAAUGUAUCACAUAUGUUACGUAGUGAAUUAGAAUUAACAUUAUCAAGAUCAAAUUUAAAAAAACGUCAUGAUAUUAAUGGUACCAAUAAUAAUAAUAAUAAUACUGUUGUACAAUAUAAUAAUGGUAUUUAUCAAAAUGGUAGCUUCCAACAUAAUGGUGAUCAUUAUAAUAAUAAUAGUGAUUAUCAUAAUGGUAAUAAUCAUCAAAAUGGUUGUACAAAAAUACAAAAUGGCGCUAAUAAUAACAAUAGAAAUAUUGCAUAUCAAAGUAAUUCAAUUUACCAACAGCAACAACAACAACAUCAAUCAACAAUGAAACAACCUUUAUCAUCAAAUGUUGAAAAAAUAACAAAUAUGUUACAAAAUAUAAAUGGUAAUGGUAAUAUUUAUGAAACAACAGCAACAUUAAAUGGCAUGGGUAAUAAUGGUAAUACAAUAGAUAAAAAUUCAACAAAUAAUAAUAAUAAUAAUAAUGGUGCCAAUUCAACACGUGUUACAAUUUCCUUACCAAAUAACACUAACAAUAAAAUUGAAUUAAGAAAGACUGACAGUAACAGUUCAACUGGUACGAUAACAUCAACAACAUCAGCUCCAUCAAAUGGAAUAUUAAAAAAUUCUAUUAAUAGUAUGAUAAAUGGUGGCAGUAACAGAAGUAAUUAUGGAGAUAAAAGUAUAACAUUCGGAAAUUGAAAUUGAUUAAAACAGAAAUUGUAGAAAGUUUUUUUUUUCUUAUUUUUACAAUUAAGUUUUAUAUGUAUAUUUUUAAUAUAUAUAUAUAUAUAUAUACAUUAUUAUAUUUAUAUAAAAUUAUAUAUAAAAUUUUUAAUUUUUUUUUGCAUAUAAGUUAAAUGAUAAUUUAUCACAUAAUUGUUUUGUUUUUGUAUUAUAAUAAAAAUAUAAUAACAGAAAUAGUUAAAUAAUUAAUAAAUAAUUUUAAUAUUGGAGAAAAGGAAAUUAUAAUUUAGCCUUUAACCCAUAACUAGCCUAGGCAAUAUUCUUUCUCUUUUCUAAAACAAUUUUCUAAUCUUUUUAAAUUUGAUUCCAUAAUGAUUGUGUAACUUAAUAAUCACUUUAGAAUGAGUUUAUUCUUGUUUUUCAGCUUAUAGUCAUGUAAACUUAUACUAGAAUUAGAAAUUUAUCAUAAUUAUUAAUUUUUAAAAUGUAUAUUUGUUUUUAACAAUAAUAAGAAAUUAUAAUAAUUAUUAUGUAUCUUAUAUAAUUAAUAUUAAAAAAUCAA